AUGAGUGUGAAGCAGUGUGAGGAGCGGAGGAGGAAACCUCGGAGCUGUGGUCCUCCCCUCCUGCUGCUGCCUGAGUAUAAGACUGCAGAUCUGCUGAUGUCAGUCCACACAGACAGGAUGCACUCCUCUUGCUGCUCCUCUGCCAGACCACAGACACUUAAGGGAAAGAAAAAGCUGAGGGGAAUGGCUUAUUCUGAGUUUCUCUUCUCAUCUUCAUGUGUGCUGUGUGUUCAGGUGUGUAUGUUCUACUCCGCCAUGUGUCUGGCAGGCUGGCCGCUCUCCUCAGAGGCAGCCAGACUCCGCUGUGGCUCUGAUCUCCUCAGUGACCUCAUAUUUGUGUGUGGGGAUCGUGGAAUUUAUUUAGGUAAAGGUACGUGGUCUGGUUAUGGUGCUCGCCCCAGGGGGAAGGGGAUUGUGGAUCAGUGUUGCCGGCCAACUGGCUGUGAACUUCAGCAUCUGGAGAAGUACUGUGCCAAACCAAAGAGCCAGCAGCCCAUCACAGCUUACCCAUCCACAACCACAGCAGCACAUACCACUACACAGACAGACAUGACGCAGCAGUUCCAGGCAGUAUAUCACAAGAAACUUUUAGGGCACCUGGGGGCUCCCAACAGUCCAAAGAGGGAGGCUUACAGAAAGAAAACACAGCCUUCAGUCCAACGGAAAAGAAAAGGUUCAUCAUCAAGCAGGAGGAUUAACACAGAGAACACAACCAGCGGGCCUCCUUCAGCCUCUUGGAGUCCCCUUCAAAGAGUGACAAGAUUUGAAUCAUGA